ACAGUUCCUUUCAAAUCGCUGUUAUAACUGCACGUCGCGAAUUACUUCUCCACUUUAACCGUUACACAAAACUUGAAACAGUGAAUUAUUGUGUGAGAGUGUUUUUAACUUUUUAAACUGUGAAGGAGGCAAAAGCGUAAAAAGUAUUCGGCUUAAAGUAUUUUUUGGACUCCAUCGAUUUAAAUCCAAACAAUGCUAUUUAAACAAAUAAAUAAAAUUAUACUGUCUGUUUGUAAUGUCAAAAUAACAGCUUUUUACUGAAUUCGUAUAUACGAUAUUAUAUAAUAAAAACAAUUAUUAAAAUUCUUGUCUCUCUGUCUAUCUGUUUGUUCCGGCUUAUCUCCGAAAUGGCUGGAUCGAUUUUGACGAGACUUUCACUGGUAGAUAGUUAGCUGAUGUUAUAGUAAGUAACUUAGGCAUCUUUUAUUUUAGAAAAAGAACUAGGGUACCGCGCAAAAAAAGAAUUCCAUGAUAUCCAAUCGUAAUUAUUUCGACGCGAGCGAAGUCCCGGCGUUCAGCUAGUUUAACAUAAACACUCAAAAAUAAGGAAGGGCUUUUGGCCUUGAGUUCCGUGAAAUUAAUGUAUCACGUAAAUUAAAAACAUGAAAUAUCGAGUUAUUUGAAGGAAUCAAUUAAUUACUAAAUUAUUUAGUACAUAUUCUAAGCAAGUUUCAGCUUGAGAAUAACAAAUUAAAAAGCGGCUGGUUUAAAAACUGAAGAUAAUUUUAAAACUCGAGAUCUUAGGCUUACUUAACCCUUAACUUGGCAGAGUGCAUCAGUGGAUACACUACUCUUUAAAAAAAUAUUGUAGGAAAACUAAACGAAUUUUGACAUAGAUUUUCUUGUAAUAAGUUAGUUUAUGAACUAUGAUAUUUAGUAGGAUUUAUAGUUUUAUUGCUGGUAACACUGAACUGUCAGUAGCCCGCAAGAUGGUAGACCGUAAGCAGGCGUGUACGCACAAGCCGAUUUCACAACAAAAGCUUCAACAACAACUAAACAGAGCCCGCAGAAUUCUAGCCCUAGUUCCAAAAUCUGGAGCUAGAUCAGAUGUAGGUAGCAGAGAUGAUUCAGCUGAUGGGUUAUAUAAGUAUAUCCCUCCAACUCUUUCAGACAGUAGCUCUCCACCUCCAUCUUUGUCAUCGUCUUUGUUGGAUCUAAACCUAUUAUCGGAUAGCAAUAAAGAGAUAGAUGAAAUAACGCACAAUUCUCCAGCUUUGCAACUGUACUCAUCGCCUGCAAGUGAUACUUGCGCUUCGCCAUCAAUUUUGUCACCAAGGCAAUCAUCAUCAAUUUUACUGUUACAAGCUGCUGAAAUUAGUUCACCAAAGCCAGGGUGUUUCGGGCAUUGUAUAUGACUUUGGUAUAUGGAGGGGAAGAUACAUUCCAGUUCACUUUGUUUACCGAAGAAGAAGAAAGCAUGGGAUUAGGUGCAAAAGUCGUCAUAGCUCUAACCAAAUCCAUUUGCCAGCCUGCUUGUAAAAUCUUGUGCUUUGACAACUUCUUUAUCUCAAUUGAAUUGAUGCACCGACUGAGAAAUGGAUACGGUAUUUUUUCUUUGGGAACUGUUAGAUUCAACCGACUUCGUGGAGCAUCGGAGAAACUUCCUACUGAUAAAAAAAUAAAAAAGAAAGUGAGGUACACAUGCUCAGGUUGUGUAUAACAAAAACAAGAUUGUUGUUACCAAGUGGUACGACAACAAAUGCGUUACUGUUGCAAGCACAUACGUAGACUCACAUACUCUCCAAACUGUACCACGGUAUAACAAAGUACUGAGAAAGAAAAUACCUACCAGUACCAUGUCCACGAAUGAUAAAGGAGUACAACUCCAAUAUGGGUGGCGUUGAUUUAGCGGAUAUGCUUAUUGCAUUAUACAGUACAGAACUCAAGGGACAUCGCUUGUAUCUACCUCUGUUUUCGCAAAUCCUUGAAAUAUGUAAUAUGUCUAAUAUAUGUCAUAUGUAAUAACGCUUGGAUUAUGUACCGACGAGGUGCAUCAAAUAAGUCAAAAUUAAUGCCAUUGAAAGAAUUCAGAUAUGAAAUUUACCGAAGCUUACUUUUGUUUGACAGAGGCGUUUCUGCCAAUAAACUCAAAAAUUAUGUACCCCUAAUAAAAAAACGAGCUGCAGAGAGACCCAUUGUCGCUGUAUGAUAUGUUCAAGUUGGGCAUAUGCCAGUAUUUCAAACUAAAGGCAGGUGGAAAAAAUUGCACAAAAGGCCAAUUCAUUGUCAAAAAUGUAAAUUAAGACUUUGUUUGGUAGAAGAGCGCAACUGUUUUCAUGCAUACUCGUAUCAUACCAAAUAAUAUUGUAAAGCAAAUAAUUUGUAUUGUUUGAUUAUAUAACGUGAUCUCAUAAUUAUAAAACUGUUUAUUUGAUAAUAAAAAUAAUAAAUAAUUGUUGAUUAAUUACAAUUAGAAUCUAUUUUUUGUUACAAUGUAAACAUGGCACUGUAUCUGUCAGGAUACGUACUUAUUAUCAUGUAAAUAGUUGCUUAUCUGGCAGUGUGCACUGCAGGAUACGUUC